UCUAUGGAUUACGCCACUGGUAACACAGCAGUUAAGAAACCGUUACGCAUAACCUGAAAAAUUAAGGUAGCCGCCAAAUUCCAUAUCUUUUAAAGGGCUUGAGUGGCUUAAGUAUUUUUUAAAUUGUAUUUGUGAUAGUACAUGCAGGAGAAAUUAAGCAAUAAACAAAAUGAAUAGGAGAAAGGACCACAAGAGAAACUACGUGAUCAAGAGAGAUGGAAGGGAAGAGGAAGUCCAUUUGGACAAGAUUACUUCAAGGAUUCAAAAACUAUGCUAUGGGUUGAAUAUGGAUUUUGUAGAUCCAGUCUCAAUUACUUUAAAAGUUAUAAGUGGCUUAUAUCCUGGAGUUACUACUGUUGAAUUGGAUACCCUAGCUGCAGAAACUGCAGCAACAAUGACUACUAACCAUCCUGAUUAUGCGAUAUUAGCAGCACGUAUUGCUAUGUCUAACCUCCAUAAGGAAACGAAGAAACAGUUCAGUGAUGUCAUCGAAACUCUUUAUAAAGCUAAGAAUGAACAAACUGGCAGUUUUACUCCUUUGAUAUCAAAAGAAAUUUAUGAAAUAAUAAUGGAGAAUGCAGAACAACUGAAUUCCGUUAUCGUCUAUGAUCGCGAUUUUUCCUACAAUUAUUUUGGUUUUAAAACUUUAGAACGUUCGUAUCUCUUGAAAGUCAACGGAAAAAUCGUCGAAAGACCUCAACACAUGCUUAUGCGAGUUGCUGUGGGCAUUCACUAUAAAGAUAUAGAUGCCGCAAUAGAAACGUACAAUUUAAUGUCAGAUCGAUUUUUCACACAUGCAAGUCCUACUCUGUUCUCAGCUGGGACCACAAGACCUCAGCUUUCAUCGUGUUUCUUGGUAGCAAUGCCUGAUGAUAGCAUUGAAGGCAUUUGUAAAUGUUUGACUACAAGUGCUCUCAUUUCUAAAUCGGCAGGUGGUUUGGGCAUAAGCGUGCACAAUAUACGUGCUAAAGGUAGUUUCAUAGCAGGCACCAACGGCACUUCGAACGGUUUAGUUCCUAUGCUUCGUGUUUUUAAUAAUUUAGCCAGAUAUGUAGAUCAAGGAGGUAACAAGAGACCUGGUGCUUUUGCUAUCUAUCUUGAACCAUGGCAUGCAGACAUAUUUGAAUUUUUAAAUUUGAAAAAAAAUACAGGAAAAGAAGAGAUGAGAGCAAGAGAUUUGUUUUAUGCCCUAUGGAUACCAGAUUUGUUUAUGAAAAGAGUUGAACAAAAUGGGCACUGGUCACUGAUGUGUCCUCAUCAAUGUCCCGGACUUUACGAUAAUUGGGGAGAAAAGUUUGAACAGUUGUAUGAAAAGUAUGAAGCAGAAGGUAAAUACAUUUCUCAAGUACCUGCUCAGAAAUUGUGGCAUGCUAUAAUUGUUUCUCAAGUCGAAACUGGGACUCCUUUCAUGCUAUAUAAAGAUGCAUGCAACAGAAAAAGCAAUCAACAAAACUUAGGAACAAUUAGAAGCAGCAAUUUAUGCACAGAAAUUGUUGAAUAUACUUCCCCUGACGAAGUUGCGGUCUGUAAUUUGGCAUCGCUUGCAGUGAAUAUGUUUGUAACGCCCGAUAGAAAAUCCUACGAUUUUAAGAAGUUAAAAGAAAUCACCAAAGUUGUUACGAAAAACCUAAACAAAAUUAUCGACGUUAAUUAUUAUCCCGUACCAGAGGCCAAAACCUCAAAUGUGAGGCACAGACCGAUUGGAAUCGGUGUACAAGGUUUAGCCGAUGCUUUUAUUUUACUUCGUAUAGCUUAUGACAGCCCUGAAGCUGCGAAACUUAAUCAACAAAUUUUCGAAACUUUGUAUUACGGUGCACUUGAAGCAAGCUGUGAAAUCGCAGAGAAAGAUGGUCCUUAUUCCACUUAUGAAGGUAGUCCUGUAAGCAAGGGGAUUUUACAGUAUGAUAUGUGGAAUAAAACUCCCACAGACUUGUGGGAUUGGGGUGCUUUGAAAGCGAAAAUUGCUAAGUACGGUAUUAGAAAUUCAUUACUUCUUGCCCCAAUGCCUACCGCUUCAACAGCCCAAAUUUUGGGUAAUAAUGAAUCUGUAGAACCAUACACUUCGAAUCUAUAUACAAGACGCGUUUUAUCUGGAGAAUUUUUCGUUGUCAACCAUCAUUUGCUUAGAGAUUUGACUGAGUUAGGACUGUGGGAUGACGUGAUGAAAAACCAGGUUCUUGCCAAUUGUGGCUCAAUUCAAAAUAUUCCAGGAAUUCCCGAUGAUAUGAAAAAGAUAUAUAAAACUGUGUGGGAAAUUUCACAGAAAGUAAUUUUAAACAUGGCGGCAGAUCGUGGAGCCUUUAUUGACCAGAGCCAGUCUUUAAAUAUUCAUAUUGAAAAGCCAAACUAUCAAGUAAUGUCGUCCAUUCAUUUUUAUGGAUGGAAGAAGGGCUUGAAAACUGGUAUGUAUUAUUUAAGAACAAAACCUGCUGCUAAACCGCAACAAGUCACUGUUGAUAAGAGUAUAUUAUUGGUGGGAAAUACUAUGCAGAAUGGAAAUGUGGCCAAUGGAAACGAAUCAAAUGGGUAUGUUAAGGAAGAAGUAUAUGAAGAUGCAGAUACAAGAGAAGCUGCUUUAAUUUGCAGUUUAAAUAAUCCAGAAAAUUGUGAUAUGUGUGGAGCUUAAUAUUUAAAUCACAAUAAUCAAAUACUAUCUGUUCUCAAAUAAGUAGAAAUAACUUGAAAAUUUGAUUUUUGUAUGUCAAAGAAAAUAUGACCACUGUAGUUUUAGUUUAUUACAUAUGUAAGAUUUACAUGCUGUUUUCAAUAGUUAUACAAAUGUAUUC